AACUUCGUGCCCUUCGUUCAGGUAUUUUGUUUGUAAAAACACGCAAUAUUUCUCCGCGGAAAAAGUGCGUUUUGUCCUUUGCAAAUGCACUAAAGUGUGCGAAAAACAGUCGUUGAAGUGCUGGAGAGUGUUGUUGUGAAGGAUUUGUGGUGAAAGGGGCGCUAUGGAGUCCGCCAGACAGCUUUUGGAUGAGUUGAUGGGACGCAAUCGCAACUUGGACCCGACAGCCAAGUGCAAAAAACUGAAUUGGGAGGAUCCGGAGUUUUGCCAGUACUACCUCGUGAAGUUCUGUCCUCACGACCUCUUCGUGAACACGAAGGCCGACUUGGGACAAUGCCCAAAGCUUCAUGAUGACGAAGCGAAGCGUCUGUACGACGAGGAGCCGCGCAACUCCAGCAAAAAGCGCCAGUAUGAGGACGAAUUCCUCAGGUUCUGCAAUAACAUGGUAUGCGAGGUGGACAGGAAAAUCCAGAAGGGGCGCAUGAGGCUGUUGCUGAUGAACAGAUCGGACGCGCAGCCCAAUAGCCAAGGAACGCACGUUUCGAAGCAGCAGGACCAGAUGAAUGUCCUCAACGAUCGCAUCAAGAAGCUGGUCGGUGAGGCCGAGGAAGCCGGCCACCGAGGCGAUGUGGAUCAGGCUCAGGGCCUGAUGAAGCUGUGCGAUCAGCUGAAGGAGGAAAAAGAUGCUCUCAUGCAGAACGUGGAAAGCGCUCACUGGUCCAUGGAAUUGGUGCAGGCGCAGGAGAAGCAGAUGGAGGUUUGCGAAGUGUGCGGAGCCUUUCUCAUUGUGGGUGACGCUCAGCAGAGGAUUGAGGAUCACUUGACUGGGAAGCAACAUUUAGGGUACUCCAAAGUGCGAAAAGUCAUCGAUGAGAUGUACGAGGUGCGUCGCAUUGAGCGCACAGAGUCGGAAAAGAAGCGCGCCGAGGACGAGAGGCGGAUGAAGUACAACAACGGCGGCUCGAGUGAUCGCAGAAGAGACGAUCGAUACAAGAGAACAAGCCGAGAGGAUUAUGACAGGCGACGAGAUGAGCGUCCGAAGCAUCGCAGUGCAGGUAACGAGCGUGACAGAGAGCGAGAUCGCUACAGAAGCAGACACCAUCGCGAUCGCAGGAGAACGCGCAGCCGGAGUCAGCAUUGAUGUGAUUCCUUCAGAACAAUAUUUUAGAGGUACCCAGAAACUAUAAAAAUCAAUACCCACUGGAUUCAGGAAUAUUUGCAGAAGAUGGAACGGUGAACAAGUCAAUCAACAGCUAAAUCAUCAGUGUGUAUUGUAAAAAGAACAAGACAGUUGUGAAAAAUGUUUGCCCAGGACUGUUUUGUUUGGGCAAAGAGACAAGAAGAGUAUUUAUGACACGACGCAAAGCUGCUCGACCAUCAACCAAUUUUCCGGAGCGCAUGAUCAUCCGAACCAGCAGAAACACACACUUUUGGAGGUGCGUUCAAAUGAAAUUUCUCAUUUUUAUUAAUAGUUUUUUUUGUAAUGCGCUGCGCAAAGCAAGAAAAAAUGGAAAAUGCAUUAAUCUUGGCAUUAAUAUUCUAAGGGGCAGAAAAGAACUAAACCAAAAGAGAGUGGGAAGAAGAAUAGAGAGUAUUUUUGUUUUCUCCAAAUUUUAUCUAAUUUAGCAAGUGUACUUGAGAGAUUUGGUUCUCAGAAAAAGAAACAACUAUUUUACUGUAGACUAAAGGUAUAAUAAUAAUUUUAUAAAUCAAUGAUGAGAUGAUAAAGUGUUUCGAGACAAAGAAAUCAUUUUGAUCCAUAAGCAAAGGUCGUAUGAUGCAUUUUAACUUAUAUUUUCACACUUGAAUGCUGUUUAGGCUCUAAAAAUUCUUUUACAAAAUUUUUUUUGGAAUACAUAACAUUUUUUUUUAACAAAAUAUGGCAAUUGAACAGACUUCAUUAAAUAUUUUCAAAUGGUUCAUGCUGAAAUAACAAAAUAGAGUAAAUUCCACAAAAAAAAAAAUACAUAAAUAAAACUUGUACGACCUUUGUUGAUGAAACUGAUAAAAUAUUACUGCUAAAAGUCCUGUCAUAUUAAAGUAAUUAUUGCAAGAAAUAAUAGAUUAGAUGUCUUUAAGGAGUCAUGAAGAAUAGCGUAUAAAUUUUGCACAUUUAAUUGACAGUUUGUUUCAUUGUUGACUCAAUUAGACUGUGAGUCGAGAAUGAGACGCAUUGCCAGUGAUUUGAAAUCCUUCCUUGAGAUUUUUUUUCAGCAUAUCAGAGAAGAAUAUUCCUUCUCUCAGUUUAAAUAUAUUAUUUCAAUGUGAGAUGGACUGUAUCGUGUUUCCUUCCCCAACGUAAAUAGAUAGAGUCACAGAGUUUCAAUGUAUGGAACAUUUUAAUUUAAAAAUAUAUAGAGAAUUCUCUACAAGCAAUUAACUGGAGAA